UAGAGUAAAUGAAACCACAUGAAGACUAAGAUACCAAUAUUUUGGUUAGCAACCUUGCUGUCUCUAGUAGUUUCCAUGAUAUGGUUCACUUUGAAUUAUUAGCACGUAUGAGAACAGCGCAAAAGUGACUGGUGCCCCACGAAAUUGUAGUGGUAAAGUGUGGAAUUCAAAGUGAGAGUCUUACCAGUUUGCUAAUUACAGUGGAGGAGAACAGAAGUAUACCUGUAACUUAAGCUGCCCUCCUGAGUCCUAGUCAAAGAAGUCAAGCAUGCCUGGUGCAGGCAGUGGUGAUGUUCAAGAGAAGCAGCUUACAGCUGACGCUGAAAAGGAGAAAAACCUGCUACCUGGUAGAAGAAACCAUGCUGGAAACCUGACUCUGCCUGAGAAGAAAGUCCAGGAGGCUAUUUGUGUGCUGCUGGUGGAGCUGUGUGAGAGGUUCACAUUCUUUGGCAUCGUCUGCAAUAUGAUCCUCUUCUGCACUGUCAGACUUGGCUAUCGCAACUACCAGGCUGCCAUUGUAAAUAUGUGCUUUGUGGGCACCUCCAUGCUGACACCAGUGCUGGCUGGCUGGCUCGCCGAGUGCCUGGUGGGGAGGAUCAAGCUGGUGUGCAUCUGCAUGUUUCUACACUUCUUAGGCACAGCCCUGCUACCCAUUGUGGCUUUCCCUUUUGAAGAUAUCUACAUUGACAAACGACAUAUUCUUCUUCAUACGCUAACCAAAAAGGAGCAGAAAAUAGUGUUCUACUUUGCACUACUCACAGCUAGCCUGGGAAUAGGAGGCAUAAGAGCUAUAGUUUGUCCACUAAGUGCAUACAACCUUGAGAACUGUGGACCAAAGGAACUUCUUUCUUUUUUCAACUGGUUUUAUUGGCUGAUUAACUUAAAUUCAGCAGUUGUCUUUGUCAGCAUCUCUUACAUCCAGCAAUCUGUGGCGAGAAAUCUUGGUUUUCUUCUCCCAUUUGUGUCUGUGCUUAUGGCCAUGAUCACAAUUCACAUGGUGCGUGGAGAAAUGAUUUACAAACCCAAAACAGACAGUUCCCUUCUGACAACUUUUGGGGUAAUUGGUAGUGCACUGAAAACGUGCUGUGUGCGGUAUCGUUACGUUAGUGGAGAUGUAUCCAGCUGGUUAGAUCAUGCCAAGGAAUAUCAUGGUGGUCGGUACAGCGAGACUCAAGUGGAAAGUACAAAGUCACUUGCCAGGCUCUUCCCGUUGUUUGCUUUCCAAAUUCUUUACAGAACAUGUAUUAUGCAGAUUCCUUCAGGAUAUUAUCUCCAAACCAUGAAUUCCAACUUGAACUUCAGUGGAUUUGUACUGCCAAUUGCUGCGAUGAAUGUGAUAAGCAUCGUGCCGCUACUGAUUCUUGUUCCAAUUUUGGAAUGCAUUAACUCAUAUCUCUUCAGCUCCAAGGCAAGUGGACAUUCUCCAACAAUUUACGUUGUUGCAGGUCAAUUAUCUGCUGCACUUUCUGUGAUGGUUGCUGGCUUCUCUGAAAUACACCGCAAGCAUUUUCCUCAGGUGGAACAGACCCUUUCUGAGGAGGUUCUCCUGGUCUCAUCCAUGCCUUGCUUCCACUUAGCUCCACAGUACAUCCUGCUUGGAGUGGCUGAAGCCUUGGUAACUCCCUCUUGUUCAUUGCUAUCAUUCUGGCUUGUACCAGAAAGAAUUCGAGGAAUUUCCAUGCAUUUUUUAACUCUCUUCAAUGGAGCUGGCUGCUUUAUGGGAGCUUUCUUUGUUCAGACAGUCCACACUGGCACUCAAGGCAACUGGUUUCCACACUUGCUACAUGAAGGUAAAUUGGAGAGAUUCUUCUUCUUCUUGGCUUCCUUGAUGAUGGUGAACACCCUUGGUUUCUGGACCAUUGCACACAGAUACAGCAAUCUGAACCAGGCGUAUACCAGUGAAUUCAGAGGAAGUCUUUCUGAGGAAAAAGUCUUUCUGAAACACGACAAAGUCGUCGAGCGCUAUGGUAGUGUCCUGGAUCAUUCUUCCAUUUUGUCUCCUAUGGAGACAACUUGAAAAGUUUCACCCUUGUUGGACUAAAUUUUGAUUGUUAUCUAUAAGCUUUCUAAUGAAAUAUAAUGUAGUGCACUUUAAUGGAACCACCAAUGUAGUUACUAAUCACCUUAGGACUGUUAUUUAUAAGUUUACAAAAUAGCAAUUAUCUUAGGAUUUAGCCUUGUAGGAUGCUGCACUGUCAUAAUGCAUGCCACGGACAAUGAGAGUUCACUGCUUUGCAUGGUUGAUGUAGAGAUGCUUUUAAUCUGUAUAGGAAAAAGGACAGGUAUUCAUGUGUAUUUAUGAUUAAUAAUGGUUAAAAAUUAAUAAAUUCAUGUAUAUAUUUGUUUAGCGAA